AGUGGUGGCUGAGACUUGCAACGCCCAAAAAUUGCCCUUUUAUUCAGUUUUGGUAUUGACAUACGCCUCUUCAAAACUACGUAGAGAGCAAGUGGAUGAGGAAUGGAUUGGCUUUUCCACACAAUAGUUAUAUGGUUUUUGUGAUCCGAGCGGAGAUGAAGUGCAGAUAAGAGUGCCCCUUGGGCCAAGAGAGUCAUCGCUCAUUGCUCUAUCCGAGUAUGAUAACCUGUGUUGGUCUGCUGACACGUGUUAACCAAUGGUGCUUUGUAGAUUUUGUUGGCAUGGUCCAUACGAGCUCAUCUUUUAUAUAAUCAUGCUUGUGUUGCUUUGCUUUCGUAUUAUCGUCCUCUCUCUAUCCUUAUCCAUCCCAUAAGCUUUGGCCAUGUCGGCCUUUGUUGGAAAAUAUGCAGAUGAGCUGAUCAAGACUGCCAAGUACAUUGCCACUCCAGGGAAGGGCAUUUUGGCAGCAGAUGAGAGCACAGGCACCAUUGGCAAGCGUCUCGCCAGCAUAAGUGUUGAGAAUGUUGAGUCCAACCGCCAAGCCCUCCGUGAGCUUCUUUUCACCUCCCCAAAUGCCCUCUCCUACCUUUCAGGUGUCAUCCUCUUCGAAGAAACCCUCUACCAGAAAACCUCUGAUGGGAAACCAUUCGUUGAAGUUCUCCAGGAAAACAACGUUGUUCCAGGGAUCAAAGUUGACAAGGGCACUGUUGAAUUAGCAGGCACUAAUGGUGAAACUACAACCCAAGGGUUUGACUCACUGGGUGCUCGCUGCCAACAGUAUUACAAGGCAGGUGCUCGGUUCGCCAAGUGGCGUGCUGUCCUCAAGAUUGGUCCCACAGACCCCUCUGAAUUGGCAAUCCAGCAGAAUGCACAGGGCUUGGCUCGUUAUGCCAUCAUUUGUCAGGAGAACGGGCUGGUGCCCAUAGUCGAACCAGAGGUCUUGACUGAUGGUCCUCAUGACAUCAAGAAGUGUGCUUAUGUGACUGAGAUUGUUCUUGCAGCAGUUUAUAAGGCACUGAAUGAUCAACAUGUUCUUCUUGAAGGCACACUCCUUAAACCGAACAUGGUUACUCCCGGCUCUGAUAGCCCCAAGGUAGCAGCAGAGGUGAUUGCUGAGUGCACAGUGACUGCACUGCGACGAACUGUUCCACCGGCUGUUCCAGGGAUUGUGUUUUUGUCUGGUGGACAAAGUGAGGAGGAGGCAACAUUGAACCUGAAUGCAAUGAAUAAACUUGCAGUUUCAAAGCCAUGGACAUUAUCCUUCUCCUUUGGGCGAGCUUUGCAACAAAGCACUCUGAAAAUAUGGGCUGGAAAGAAAGAGAAUGUUGAGAAAGCUCAGGAAGCAUUCUUGGGAAGGUGCAAGGCCAAUUCUGAGGCAAUCCUUGGGAAGUAUGCCGGAGGAGGCGCUGGUGGGUUGGCUUCUGAGAGCUUGUAUGUUAAGGGCUACAAGUACUAAAGAGGCCUCUCUAUCUCUCUCUUUCUCUAUUAUGCUAAUUGAAUAUGGUACAAUAUAUAUAUAUAUAUAUGU